AUGACCUGGAACACUGGCAGUGACGGCGGCCAACAGAUCAGAAUUCAAAUCCGAUGGUUUAGGGCGAUUGCCAUGGGACUUGAGGCAGCCCUCUUGGUGCUGGGAGUGUCGACCUUUGGCACCGCCAUCGCCUGCAAUGGCAACUCUGCGUUUUGUGACUUGCCCCUGACGCAGGUCACCUUUGCUGCGACGCACAAUGCUGGGGCCUUCUCGCUGGACAUCCCUGACCUCAUCGAUUCAAGCGUGCCAGGGUUCAAUGUGAACGAUGCUCUGAAGUGCGUCUAUGAGAACCAUGACAAGAACUUCAGGGAGCAGCUGGACUUUGGAAUCGGGGCCUUCAACUUGGACCUAUGCUCCAAAGAGGCCGAGCCGGGUGUCCUCUUCAAUUGCCAUGGCGUUCCGCCCGCCUACGGCAAGCCGUUCACGAACAGCCUCGAGACAUUCACCGACUGGCUGAGAGCAAACACCCGGGAAGUGGUCAUCAUGUGGCCUGGCAACCUAAAGAUUGGCUUCAAUGCGGCUUCGCAGUGGGAAGCGCUCAUGGGUGGUCACUUCGGCGAGGGCAGGCCCAACGAGAACAUCACCCUGGGGCAUCUUGUGGACAACAAUCUACGGGUCGUCGUGUGGGAUUUCUACUGGAAGGAGUGGGUGAACAACAGCUACGACCCGUUGGUGAACCCUGGCGCCACCUCCCAGAGCCUCUUAGCCGACUUCCAGAAGUACGGCCGAGGUGAGAAGAACGUGCUGCCGGAGGCCGUGCUGGCCUUUAACGUCAUUGGAGCUCCCAAGUUACCCAGCCCAGCGGCCUUCAACCAGUGCAAAGAUCUGUUUUGCCAGAUCAAAGAAGCCGAGAUCCUGGUCGAUGAGUUGGAGCUCUCUUGUAUCAAGACCCUGUCCAGGAGGUACAACAAGGACCUCGUUCAGGACGACGCUCAGCCGCACAAGUACAAGGCUGAGGAGAUGUGCCCAGCAUAUUCAUGUGGAUGUCUGGGAUACAUCUCGCCCCUUGAGGUGGUGCACCAAGAUUUGCUUAAGCUGGGCCAUUCUCUCCAUGCCGUUGCUAUUGACUACCCUGGAAUCGGGAGGUCCAGCGUGGCAGACUUGGCCCAGCGGAUGAACGAAGCGACUCUUCGGCACCGCUUGGGAUCUCCUGAGCUGGGGGCCGACUGGUGGUCUUGUCAUCGGCAGCCGGUGAUCAUGGCCAUAGCCAUCCCUUGUUCUCUGGUCUUGCUGGCUUUGGUCGGCUGCUUGCUGCGAAGAUGGUACCAGCGUGCUCAGCAAAGGGAGGGGGAGAAGAAGAGGGCCCGGAAGGAAGCCGCACGUGCGCGGAUGCAGGAGACGGGCUUCCUGGGCGCUGCGGGCCAUGGUUACCCUGGUUACCCAGGCCAGAUGCAGCCCAGUAACCCUACCUGGGAGAUGCAAGUGCCUCAGAUGGCCCCUACGUGGCCGGCACACAACCAAGAUUCCGGUUGGCAACUGCACGGAACGGUGCCCCAACAAAUUCCACCAGGAGUCAGGGUGGCCCCCAGUGCCGGCGCUGGCUUGAUGCAGCCUUUCCAGAAGCUUCACGAGACGGAGUGA